AGGUGCAAGAAAUGACGCCGUGAGACAAGCGAACCAGAAACAAUCACUUUAUACCUUCUGAAAUGGAAGAAUCAAGCGACUUGGACCCCGAGAAAUGUGCUAUUAACCCUCAAAACACAGACAUCGUUUUGCCAUCAACAGCAGACUGUGAAAGGAUUUCUUUGGUUUCAGAUUUGUGGAUAAUAGUGUCUGUAAUCACGUUCAUUGCCGAUGUAGGUUCGGAUAUUUUAGUUUGUGUACAUUAUAACGACCAGAAUCUUGUGUGGUAUUUCAGAAUUACACUAGCACUUGUCGUAGCAGCAUCGCUAGCCCUUCAAAUAUUCUCUGCAAAGUGGUUUAUAGACGAUCGAAAAAAUUCUUGUAAACUGUUCUUCCUUCAUGUCGCACAGUUGGGCCCGUUAGUACGAUACUGGUCUGCAUUACGACUUUGCUGGAUAUCACGGCAAGGACGCCUUGAAAACCCAUAUGGACGAUUAAUCCCUAAAUGGAGAGACUUGUGCAUGUUGAGGCUUCUACAGGCCUUUCUUCAAUCAGCGCCACAAGCCGUAUUCCAGCUAUAUGUCCUUUGUCGUAAAGGUACAUUUGUAGUUGCAGACGACCUGGUGAUUGCCAUUGCUGCGGUAACGUCUCUUAUUGCUGUAGUCUGGUCACUUGUGUGUUAUAGUAAAGCGUUAAGAGAUCUUCGAGAUAACGCCAAAGAUCUUCCAUGGGUAGGCUUCACUUGCCAAGUCCUUUGGCGGGCUUUUAUGGUUAGCUCAAGAGUUGUAGCUUUAGUACUUUUCGCGUCACAUUUUCAGCAUUGGAUGCUACUGGCUGUAUUGGGUCAUUGGAUGCUAAUGGCAAUGUGGCUUGCAUGUCAAAGAACUCAGUUUUGUAUUGAUGAGAGUGGACGAGAGCACCCGUGCAAAGAGAGGAUCUUCAAUUGUAUCAUCGCAUUUAUUUAUGUUUUUUGUUUCUUCAACACCAAAGAGGGAAUGACGCGUAAACGAAUCGUCUUGUUUUAUUCUGUUAUGUUAGUCGAGAACUCACUGUUGAUUUCUAUGUGGUACCCAAACAGAAACUUAAACUCGAUUUGGACAUACGCCGCUUUGUCUGUAGUGUGGGGUGGAUUCAUAUUGGGCGUGGUCUUUAUGAUUCUCUAUUACAAGUUUUAUCAUCACAGCCAUGCAUUYAAAGGUCUGUUUAUUCGUACAAAGACGUUUAAUCUACAUGGAAGAAAAAUGUACGGCUUGUAUUUCUGCUGCUGUUGUCGUCUAAGAAAGUGGGACGUUGCUAUUUAYGAUUGUAGAGAUAGUAGUGGAGAACUUUCUCCGAGACRUGACCAAGCUGUACCAACUAAUAGACCAAAUGGUAACAAUCCUUAHGACGGUAACCUACACUGGGACAACGAUGACAUACAAAUGCGACCUUUGAAUGGUUCUUGUAUACGAGCUGGUGGUAAUGUCGASCAAGAAGUGUUAAUUCAACACCCGUUUGUGCCRGAGGAUGAUUUUGUUCCUAAUAUUGUGGUCACUGCGGCUUCACCUUUAGUUUUAAGUCCUCAYGAAUCUGUCGGUAAACUGUCUUUGGAGCARGCGAUGCCAGAACAAGAUCCUGUGAACGAACCUGGCGACCCACCCCUCUCACCAGGACAAACAUCACUAGACAAAGCUAGAGAAAUUCUUGCUUCAAAGCUUAGUAAAGACAAURACAGUAAUGAAGAUGCUAACGAAGAUGAAGAGGAAAUUCCCAAAAUAAACUACGGUACCGUAAGCUUUGGUAAUCGAUAUAGUCUCGUGUCUUCGGAUUGCAUUUCCAUCUCGUCAGAAAGUAGUCUAAGCUCGUUCACUAAUAGUUUGAAUGAUUUACUGGAUCGCAUGGGCGUYGCUCCAAAGAACGAGACGGACCGACAAGUAAAAUUAAAGAUCUCACCUGCUGACGAAGGAAUAUAUUCCGACGAGCGUGAAUCUCCUUCCAAGUCACGUGAYACGGAAAGUGAGCCAUCGCCAUCCCAUAAUGCACAGUCAGGUGAUAACAUGGUCAACGGGCUGAUUGYCACGCCCAAGGAUUCUCCACGAAAAGACGAAUCGUUCGACGUCCUCGAAUCGAUGAUGGAUGCACCGUCAUCACCGUACGUCACCAAGAGAAAACGAUCACGUGAUAGAGACGAAGGGAGCGAGAGUGAAUCAACUGAYGCUAGCAGUGAUGAUAGGGAAAGACGACAUUCAUGCGAAGAUUUAGACUUCUCUUUCAUCCAUUCCACGCCAAAUGAAGAUAAAACUAAGAGACAUUCWCUCGACAUUGCUGAUCUUUCGUCCAACUAUAAGCGAGUAAAGAAGAAGGGGAGGAAUAAACGGCGUUUUAACAAAAUUAUCAUAUUCGAUAAUUUUGUAUCAAGUGCCCUAAAACCAGGGAAAUUCGGCUCUCUAAGAAAGUCAUAUGAAAGACUCUCCAAGAUACAAGAAGACACAGAAGAAUCAGGGUUGCUUAGCAACGAUUCACUGAAAGAAAACCGCGAUCCACAAUAUAAUAACGACUUGUCGGUACGCAACCAAGAAGAGGUUAAAAAUAUAGAACCCAGUUUCCACGAUGACAGCUCUUCGACAGAACACAAUAACUUUACMAUGAACAAAAUUAUUCAUGAAAAUGAAWYUGAAGAAGAUAUCAUCGAUGAUAAACAAAUCAUUGAAAGUUUAUCGCCAGGGCAGGACAACAUUAUUGGAAAAGUUGAUAAAGGUAAUCSUUUGGAUAGUGCAAUACMGGAGCUCGUAGAAGAUAAAACACMGAUAAACACUAAUAAUACAAACUUGAAUGGAGAACUAAAUUACAGUACAGACAGCGAAAGGUCGAGCGACGAUCUGUCAGACAAGAGUUUUAGCCUUAUUGAAAACUUGGUCCCAUCGAGGUUUUCAACUGUACGCCGAUCUAAUGAAAACGUUCCUUUAGCAUGUUGUGAGGACUUUGAUGAUGAUUUGGGAAGCUCAAUAGAAGAUGAUAUAAACAUGGAAAAUGAAAAUCUCCCCAGAAUAGUCUCGCCUCCUUCGGAAAAAGAUAUCUCAUUGCAGCGACAUUGGAGUGUGGACUCGAUUGCUGACUCUGAAUCAAGCCGAGAGUCACCAAAAGAGAMUAUUAAUCGAUCUWUUGCUAGUAGUGGCUCAUCAAUAUUUGAAAACAUCUUAUUCUUAGACAAUGAACAAAAUGCUUUAUCAGAAGCUCAAACAAAGAAACGUCAUACAUUUGACUUUGGCGCUCACAGAAAAGCUACAGCACGACCUUGUAUAGUCAAGAGAUUGGGGUCUAGUUCUUCUCAAUUUAAUUUGCCGCGCAAUCCAAGUCCAAUAUGGGUCCGGAAAGCUAUCCCUACACACAGACGACGAAGACCAAAAACUACCGCACAAAAGAACCAAAACAAUGACAAUGCCAAGGAGUUUAUUCAAGAAGUUAGAGUUUAGUUCCAAAUUUGACAACACUACAGGGGUGUAUCCAGGAUUUUCAUUGGGGGUUGGGGGGUCCUUACAUACCAAAUUGUCACUGUGACGUCAUAUGACGUCAAUAUGAUGUCGUAUCAAUCUAUGGUUUUCUCGCUUUUUUGGCUUUGAAAGGGGGGGGGGGGGUGGUCACGGGCACCCUGUGACCCUUCCCUGGAUACGCCCCUGCACUAAAAAAGAAAUUAUUCGCUGGCGUACUCUUAACUAGAUUGUGAUCCAUUUUUUAUGUUUUUUGAUGUGGUAAAUAUCUGUACGUGCUGAGGGAAGACUCCCUUUAUCUCGUUUUGAUUUCUUGAGCAUAUGAUAAGUAUAUCGCRUUUGUGGGCAAUCAAAACCAAAAGAUAUCGCUAUUCUAAGCUAUCGACCUAUCUACUGACAACAACCGGAGCGUUCAUUACAUCUAAAGAGCGUAAGAGAUGCGCUCAAUCUACAGUCUCCUCUAGCAGCCGUUAUGAGGCUCGUUCCCAGGUCUCUCCUCUGGCUGCGAGAGGAGACUAUGAGACCUCGGUAUUGGCAUUAUACUCCAGUUUCGAAUUCUCUUUUGUGCAAGUUUAGCUUCAAUCAAGCAUAAAUUUUUAUUGUCUUCUUUGUAAGAGUAUAUUACAUGCUUUCGAGAUUAAGGCUGGAUUUCGAAACUGGAGUAUUGGCAAAUCACACCGUGGAUUUUCACAGUUUUAAUCCAUACGCUAUUUUGAUAUGUUUUUUUUUUUGCUAUUUUAUUUAAUUAUUUAAGUUUUACUAUGACAUACAAAGCAAAGUAAACUGCACUUUUUUGUAGAGAGAUUGUUUUGUAGCUAGUGAAGAUUUCUGAUGUAUAUAAAGGUAAGAAGCCAAUAUCUGUACAUAGUUUUCCCUUGAAACCCUGUCAUUCAUCCAUAGAUCGAUUUAUGAUGGUAAAUCACAGUCAAGAAUUAAAGUUUUUAUAAUAAAUUAAAGUAUUUUUUCGUCUCG